GCGCUGCUGAGAUAAAGGCCCAGACGCUCAGAGCUCCAGGCGCCGGCCACGGGUCGGGACCAGACCUCCCCAGGCUGCAGGGACCCAGGGCACCGAGAGCCCCAGAGCUGCAGGGAGACCCCACGCACCGAGAGCCCUCCCAGCUCUGCCCAGGAGCUGCCACUGGCCUGGCCCCAAAUGCCUCCUGCUGCAGGAUGGCAGCACCACUGCUCCCAGCAUGGUCCCAGUCCUUCUUGGUGGGGAUCCUGCUCGGCCUCCUUCCUCCUGCUUCAAGCCUUGCGCCAGUGACGGAUGAAGACGCCGCCCUCCUGCCCGAGGUGCCCAAGAGCAUCCGCUGCUUCUCCCGCUCCUUCGAGGACUUCACCUGCUUCUGGGAUGAGCGUGGGAAUGCCACCUUCCACUUCUACUACCACUACAGCACGGAAGGAGCCCGGGAGUGUAUGCUGGUCACGCAGCAGCUGCAGGACGGGGGUUGGCGCCACAUCUGCGUCUUCCCCAGCCAGGACGUGCGGCUCUUCACCGAGCUCUGCCUCCGUGUCGUGGACAUGGCCAACAACCGCACUGUGCGCACCCGCAAGCUCAAUGUGGAAGAGAUGGGGCUCAUCUCCCUGCCAGCGAACAUCACAGCCGUUGGGGCCGGGGCUGCGGGGCAGCUGUGGGUGCGCUGGGAGCCCCCCAUAUCCGAGUACUCCUCCUUCUUCAUCUACAAGGUCCAAUUCUGCACCACGGGCUCCAGGGAGCCAGGCUGCCAGGAGGUGUUGGUGAGCAGGACAGCCUGCGUCCUCGCGCUGCGCCCUGGGCAGACCUACCGCAUCCAGGUGUGCACCAAACCAGAUGGAUCCUCCCUGAAUGGGACCUGGGGCCCCUGGUCGCCUGCACUGCUCGCCGAGACGCCCCACUCUGCAGAGGAGUUUGGGCUGCGCUGCUCCACACCCGACCUGCAACGCGUGCACUGCGAGUGGACCCCAGCACCCGCUGAUGCCAAUGGCUCCCACACGCUCUUCUACCAGCCCCAUGAGAGCCCAGGCCCCCCCAGGGCUGAGGCCUGGCAGCGUUGCCAGGGGGAGGCAGGCACCGGGCCCCAGGGUGCCCAUGCCUGCACCUUCUGGCUGGGGAAUGCCAGUGCCAUGACCAUGGUGGUGAAGGUCACACGGGAUGCCCAGCCGACGCGCAGCUACUUUGGGGAACCCUUCCACCCGGACCGGGCCGUGCUGACGGCCCCGCCGAGGAUCCUGCAGGCCAAUGUCAGCGCUGGGAGGCUGUGGCUGCAGUGGGCAGUGCCGCUGGCUGAGCUGGCCCAGCACAUGGUGUACCAGGUCCGCUACGCCACCGACAGCAGCCAGGACUGGAAGGUCCUGCAGAUCCAGCACGCGGCAGACAGCGAGGUCCUAGACUUGCGGGCUGGGUCCCGCUACCGCUUGCAGGUGCGUGCCCAGCCCAACGGGCAGCAGUUCGGGGGCUACUGGAGCGCCUGGUCGGAGACUGUGGUGGUCCAGGCCCCGUCGGAAGCAGGUGAGGUCUGGGGCACGUGUUGGGGCUGCGCCGGGGGGGCUGUGGGCAGGCAGGGAUGCGGAGCUGGGAGGCUCACGGUUGCUCUCUGCCCAGGCUGGGUCGUCCCAAGCCUUGCUGCGGUGCCGCUCUUCUUCACGGGGCUCCUGCUGGUGCUGCGGUGCACCUUCCCCUCCGCGUACAGCAGCAUGAAGCAGAAGCUCUGGCCACCAGUCCCGGAUCUGUACCGCGUCCUGGGCGGCUUCCUGAGCGACAGCAGCAAGCAGCUCCAGGCCAACGCGCUGUUCUACAAGCCCCCGGAGGAGCUGGUCCUGUCCUGUCUGCUAGAGAUCAUGUCGGAGGGGAGCGGGGCUGAGCUCCCUGUGGAGCCCGCCCCCCCGAAGGUGCCUGUGAGCCCCGCAGAGGAGGAGGAGGAGGAGGAGGCGGCAGAGGCCGGGAGCCUGGGCUCCCUGCAGCAGGACUACAUGGUGCUGCGCCCUGGCAGCCCCAUUGGCAGCCACCACGGCAAUGAGUACUUGGACGGUGCAGGCGACACCGCCCCCCUGGGCAGCCUUGCCCUGCUCCUGCCUGUCCCGGGGCUCCCGCAGGUUGGGGCCGAUGCCCAGCACCCACCGCACAAGCGACUUGGCAGCCUCCAGGCCCACGGCACUCCCCUGGACACAGAGGCUGAGGAGACCUGGGGCCUGCCCGGCUCAGGGGAGCAGCCCAUGCCUGCAACAGACAUUGCCAACCAGUCCUACCUGCUGAUGAGCAGCUGGGCGCAGCCGCGUGGCCCCUGAGCCGAGUUGCGCUGGUGCCUGUGCCCGGCUGGACAACCAACGGCGGGGCACAGCCACUGCAGCCUGGCCCAGGGUCUGCACUGUGCACGCAGCAGGGACCCACGAGAGCAGCUCCUCCGCGCCCGGCGCUGCCCACAGCUGAUGGGUCCUGCUCCCCAGGGGCCAGUGCAGCAGCACCUGUCGGGGAGCCCCAGGCCCAGCCACCCCCAGGAACACGCCCAAGAGCCCCAGCCCAUGUGGGCACCCAGACACACUGUUCAUGGGGGAGCGCUGCAGGGAAGCAUAACCAUGCCGCGUCCCUGCAAGUCCCGCGAUCUCCUCAUGAUGGCCAGAAGCAGACUGGCCUGCAGCAAGGGAGAGCCGGGCGGGGGAUGUGUGCAGGGGCUGGGCACAGUGGUGUGGAUGGCUCCACCACAGACACCCCUCUCCCCCGAGAAUGAAGCAAGAGCAGAAUUAGGUCCUGGCCCCCAGCCCACUGCUGUGGGAUCUCCGCACGGUCCAGCUGGCCCUGAGGCUCCCCGCCGGGACGGAGGGCAAUAGGACCAAACCUCAGUGCACCCCUGGGCCCCGCCACUUGCCUGUGCCAAGCUCUGCCAUCGCCCCCACCCCCACCUGUGCCUGCCUCGCUGUGGAGCGCUGCCUGCAGCGCGUGGCACGUCACCAAUAAACACUCGUGCACA